CUCUUGCGCUGUUUAAGUUUAAUAAUAAGUGAUGUAUUUCCAAAGAGGUCAUUAAUCUUUAUCAUUAAACUCUUGGAAACCCCUCCAGUUCCGGCCCAGUUUGCAGGCGGGCGUAGACCGACAGGGGGCGCUGUUUCUCAGGUCCUCUCGGGUCGGUCAGCCGCGGAGCAACAGAAGUUUGUUCAAGCGCUCGUGUUUUUACGCAUGCGCAGUUUGUGCUGUUUGUCCAGUUUCGCUGGUUGACUUUUACCUGAGAGGUGAGGCUGGUAGUUUCGGUUCUCCAGCGGGAAAAAAAAACGGAAAAACAGCCGGCCGGGUUCCGGUCCAAAGGUGUAGACUUCUGCCCCGUCCCUGUCUCUAUUUCUCUCUCUCUCUCUCCCUGGGUUCCCGCUGCGGAGCGUCCGGACGAGAUUUCUCCGGGAUUUUUGAGUCGGUGCGCAACAGCGAGAGAAGCAGGAGGAGGAGGCAGGUGUUCUGGGAGAGGACAGGGGGAGGUGGUUCACUGACAGAGUCCGGACGUUCACACCGACCCGAAUGACUGGAAAUCAACUGGUUGGAGCUUCGGUGGGUCAGUUUUAUUAGUAUGCGGCUGGAGUCCCCUGCUGCUCCAUCACGAAGACUGACCGGCAGCCCUGAAGUCUCCUCCGUGCCCGUUGAGUGACUCCUCUCCCCGGGGAGGAACGACAACGAGGAGGAGGACUCAGACUGCGGUUCUGACGGACACAUCGUCGCCUUCUGGAUCAGGAAGAUGAUGGGGUUUCUGCGUCGGACGUUCAGCCGUCGGAGCCGCUUCCAGACGGGAGAGAGGGAUGAGCAGGACGGUCCAGGAAUAGGAGGAGGAGGAGGAGGAGGGGUGAGCGGGAACCCCCUGCUCCUGCCCCACCAGCAGCAGGUCGUCCACGCGCCGGCGGUGGUCUCCGGAGGAGCGUCGGUCCACAUCCCGGCCGCUGGCUCGGCGAGAACCACCAUCACCUGCCGGGUCCUGCUGCUGGACGGCUCGGAUGUCAGCGUGGAUCUGGCCAGCAAAUCCAGAGGCCAGGACCUUUUUGAUCAGAUCAUGUAUCACAUCGAUCUGGUCGAGACAGAUUAUUUCGGACUGCAGUUCAUGGACACUGAUCAAGUUUCGCGCUGGCUGGAUAUGUCCAAGCUCAUAAAGAAACAGAUUCAAGAGGGCCCGCCUUACCGACUCUUCUUCAGAGUUAAAUUCUACUCUUCGGAGCCAAAUAACCUGCGUGAGGAAUUUACUCGGUACCUGUUUGUUUUGCAGCUUCGACAAGACAUUUUGUCUGGCAAAUUAAAAUGUCCGUAUGACGUGUCAGUGGAACUGGCGUCGUAUUGUUUACAAAGUGAGAUGGGUGACUGUGACCCCUUGGAGCACUCUCCUGAGCUGGUGUCAGAGUUUCGUUUCACUCCCAAACAGAGCGAGGCCAUGGAGGCGGACAUCUUCAGCAGGUGGCUGGAGCUCAGGGGACAGAGCCCGUCUCAGGCAGAGAUUUCUUUUCUCAACAAAUGCAAGUGGCUGGAACUUUACGGUGUGGACAUGCACUUCGUCAAGGGCAGGGACGGAGGAGAGUAUGCGCUGGGUCUCACUCCGACUGGAAUCUUAGUUUUUGAAGGCUCCAACAAAAUUGGGCUUUUCUUCUGGCCAAAAAUCACUCGACUGGAUUUCAAAAAGAGCCGCCUGACAUUGAUGGUGGUGGAGGAUGAUGAGCAGGGUCGGGAGCAGGAGCACACCUUCAUCUUCCAGCUGGCCAGCGCCAAGAGCUGCAAGCACCUGUGGAAGUGCGCCGUGGAGAGCCACGCCUUUUUCCGUCUGCGCCAGCCGACUGCGGGCAAGGCCAGCCGCAGCGACUUCACUCGACUCGGGUCUCGCUUCAGAUUCAGUGGAAAGACGGAGUAUCAGGCGACUCACGGAGGCCGGCUGAGGAGAGCCAGCACGUUUGAGAGGAGGCCGAGCAAGCGGUACCCCUCCCGCACGCACCUGCUGGGCAAAGCUCUCAUGCCAGUCCCAAUCCCAGCCUGCAUGCGUACCAACACAACAUACCUAUUGGUCAUGAGCUGUGGCAUCCAUCUCACAACCCCGCUCUCACAACCCCGCUGUACCUGCAGCCCUCCAGUCACACGCCACCUCACAGCUUCCCUCUGAGCAGUCCUGCUUCGGACCAUCAGUUCAGCUCAUCAGAGAACGAAAACUCUUAUUCUGGCAAGCCCCGCCACCAUCACCGCCGCCACACACACAGCCAGGACACACUCUACCACACACACACCAAGAACAAGCGUCGAGCUCCCCCCUGCCCUGCGGACGACCUGGACGUCUCUCAGUCUCUUCUCAAAGCUCUGGAGACAGAUGAUGACUCUCCUCCCUGGCCUUCACUUCACAUAAACAUCGACAAAAAGGGAGAUGAAAAGCUGUUGUCGGAAAAGUCUGUACACCCCCCUGCUUCUCCGGCAGCGCUCCCGGAUCACCUUAAAUGCAACAUCCUCAAAGCCCAAAUGGAGGCAGCUUUUAGGGAGACACCAACAACGCCCAGAGGGAAGAGCUCAAACGAGACCCUGAAUGGCAGAUAUCAAAGUUCGUCCCAAGACUCUGCAGCAUCCAGUCUGACAGCAGAAAAGACGCCUCAUCAGCAGCAGGAUCGUAACUUCACAGCAGAGGAACUGCAGGUCAAAGGCAACCCGAGCUCCAACCGCAGGAAACGUCUCGUACGACAGUUCAGUUUUAACCACGAGGAUGAAGACAAUCUACCAGAAGCGCUUGCAGCCAUCUCCUCUCAGAAAGCAGGAAAGUCUGGAUCUAGCAGUUCACUGGACAAACAGAUACAACCGUCGAUAUACCCACAGGUGGAUAAUAUGCCAACACUGGAGCUGUGUAGUCCAUGCUGUCCCUCUCCUUCGCCUUCCCCUCACCUCUCCCCUUCUUACUAUCGUAGCUCUAUGCCUCACCUGGUCCCUUACCUCACUGCCCAUAACAACAGCUACACCUCACCCACAGGAGCCCAGCUCAGCCAGCAGCACUCAGCCAGUGGAGAGGAAAUGAAGUUGGACAGAGAGAAGAUCCUAAGAGCCCUGCUGAUGACUGAACUCUGAGACCUGGACCAUCAAACGCUGUGACGUCACACAGACGGAACAAAAGAAACAGACGCCACUGGACCAACAUUUGUGCAAAAUAUAUAAGCAUCAAGCCAACUGUUAAUUUUUGCUUAAGUAAUUUUUUUAAAUGAUCUAAAACUGGAAUCAAGAGCUGAUCACACCUGUCGUUCUGAUGCUACCUGCAUAUGUGUUCCUCUAAAUUUAUUUAUUAUCUUUUAGGUUUAUGUGAUUCUUUUUGUUUUUGUUGAGGCCCUAAUCCUCUCACUUCACUUAUAAAAUCAGUUUCUUUUAAGUGUAAAUAGACAUUGUAAUUAUUAUGCUAACAAAAAGCACACACUGUAAAUGCUUACUUCUGUACUGUAUAUAUGAAAAGUCCAUUUUUACAUGCUAAAACAUGUUCAAUAUUUGUGCUUUAAGAUAUGAACAGAAUGUGUUUUACAGGAAAAAUUGACUCAGGAAUUGGACAUUUUUUUUGUCUCAUUCUGUCCACUAGAAGGAGACAAAUCAAAAGUGUUGAUGCUGCGCUACAGGUUGUCAUGAGGAUAACUGAUCACUUUGCUUUCUUUUCCACACAAUUUUCACCACAGGCAAGUUGGAUC